AUGAUCCCCUUUUCGUCACAGGCGAGCACUGAAAAAUAUGAGGCACUAUCAGAUUUUCUCAAGAAAUUUUACAUCCCUACGUACGUUCUCUCGCCUGACGUCGAGGCUGUGGCGGUCCCAAGUACUCCACCUGAGAGCCCAAUUCUUGUAUUCAUCAACUCCAAAAGUGGAGGUCAACUCGGUGGAGAACUCAUUCUUACCUUCCGUACUCUUCUCAACGAAAAGCAGGUUUUUGAUCUUAACGUAGAGACUCCGGAUAAGGUGCUACAGAGGAUUUAUCUUAACCUAGAGAGGCUAAAGGACGAUUCUUUUGCUUGCCAGAUUCAGGAGAAGUUGAAAAUAAUUGUUGCAGGAGGAGAUGGCACAGCUGGUUGGCUCCUUGGAGUUGUUUGUGAUCUUGAAUUAUCCAAUCCACCUCCAAUUGCUACUAUCCCCUUGGGUACUGGAAAUAACCUUCCAUUUGCAUUUGGAUGGGGUAAGAAAAAUCCUGGAACAGAUAAGUCCUCAGUGGAGUCAUUUUUGGCUCAAGUGAUUAAGUCCAAAGAGAUGAAGAUAGACAAUUGGCACGUACUUAUGAGGAUGAAGUCUCCUGAAAAAGGCUCUUGUGAUCCUAUCGAGCUACCACCUUCUCUACAUGCAUUUCUUCCUUGUUCUCCAUCAGAUCAAGCAAAUAUGGAAGGUUACCAGACAUUUCGUGGGGGAUUCUGGAAUUACUUUAGUUUGGGAAUGGAUGCUCAAACAUCUUAUGAAUUUCAUUCCCAAAGAAAAUUACACCCUGAAAAUUUUAAAAAUCAGCUGGUCAAUCAGAGCACAUAUUUAAAGCUUGCUUGCAAACAAGGGUGGUUUUGUGCCUCUCUUCUUCACCCGUUUUCACAUAACAUAGCUCAGCUAGCACAAGUUAAGAUUUGUGACAAAAGUGGCCAGUGGAAUGACCUUCACAUUCCCCAAAGCAUCAGGUCCAUCGUAUGUUUGAAUCUUCCUAGCUUUUCUGGAGGACUAAAUCCUUGGGGAACACCAAAACCCAAGAAACAACGUGAUAGAAGACUAACUCCACCAUUCGUAGAUGACGGACUCAUCGAAAUCGUUGGUUUUAGAAAUGCAUGGCAUGGUCUUGUUCUCCUCUCUCCAAAGGGUCAUGGAACAAGACUUGCUCAGGCAAACCGGAUUAGGUUUGAAUUUAAGAAAGGUGCAGCAAAGCAUGCAUACAUGAGAAUGGAUGGAGAGCCUUGGAAACAACCACUGCCACUUGAUGAUGAAACUGUGAUAUUAGAGAUUUCACAUCAUGGACAAGUCAACAUGCUUACAACCGAAAAUUGCAAGUCCAAAAGCAUGCAUGAGUCUUUUCCCAGAGUCCGGUUUAGUGAUGAUAGAAAUGAAGAUGAACCAUUAGGGGCUCAUUGUGAAGAGGUGUUUAGAAAGUUUGGUGCAGCUGAUACAUUUAAGAUUCCCAAUGAUGUUUGAUAUUCUUUCUUUUUCCAGAAGAUA